AUGGGUGUAACUAUGUGGGAAGCCUUUUCAAAAGCAACAAUACCAUGGUCAAACAUUGAGACGGAUGAAGAAGUUUGUCAACGCGUGACCUCGGGUGAAACAUUAUCAAAACCUGAUGAAACAUGGAUCGUGAUCUUGACUACUAUGGCUUUUAAUGCCCAAGAACGACCAACAUUUUCUCAAUUGAGACGUUCACCAAUCAGACUACAAUACCAACUUGAAAAUCUAACCCAUAGCCAUUUCGAAUUAAUGAACAAAUUUCAAAAAUUGCUUCAUGUUGACAUGAAUGAAGUUGUGAUAGGUAUAGCUGUCGAGCAAACUCUCGUAAAUUUAAAUGGAUUAAACAUUGAUCAAACAGGUGCAACGUUUCGACGCAUACCUGACACUAAUAUUACAGUAUUUCGUUUGAGAAUUCCUGAUGAUAAUGAUUUAAAGACUUUUACCAAGUACCAUAGCGAACACUUCAAAAAUUUUAUAAUACGACAUGAGCGAGAACCAACACGGGAUGGGUUAAAAUACUAA